CGACAAGCCGAGCCGAGGGACUCACUCUUGUGAGAGACGGCGUCACGAGGCGCGUCCGCGAGGCCGCGUUUUUCAUUUUCCGUCGCACGCCGCGUUUUGCGAGGGUGCUCCCGCACCUGUCAAACGGAUCCGCCGCGUCGUUAUCGCACGUGGAUAACAGACUCGGGAUUCAGCGGCCACGAGGGGAAGAGGGGAUUCGGUAGAGGGGAAUUCCGAUCUCGGUGCUCAGGCGAAAUCUCGUCGUUCCGUACCGACUCCGGAGGAGAGCGGCGACCGCCGUCUCUCGAGGGAAAGAAGAAAUAUCUCGUCGGUUUGCACACCACGGGGAACGCUAUCUUAGCGUGUACGUUAACAAAAUCUCCAACCAUCGUCGAUGGCUUAGCACCGUUGCAAAAAAAUCCACAGAGGUAGAAAAAAGAAACGGAAAAAUGCAUGUCCAUUAUGGGCACGUGGCUCUUGCAGCUUUAAUUAUUGUACUUAUUACUUUAGCAGGACCUGCGAGUUCUCAAAAUGUACGGGACAAGGUACAAUCCAGAGGAUCGGUGCAGAGAGGCGAUAUGUCACCUAUGGACGCGGUGACAGAGCGUUAUGAUCGGCUAGGGCCGACAUUUCCCAAGUCAAGAGGAUCGUACGCGAAAAGACCGCAUCCCUGCGAGCAGAGCUCGUGUUAUCCCGCAACCGGGAAUCUGCUGAUCGGCCGUAAGAACAAAUUGAUCGCCUCGUCGACAUGCGGCCUCCAGGGCCCCGAAAGAUUCUGCAUCGUUUCUCAUCUCAAGGACAGAAAGAAGUGCUUCUUCUGCGAUGCGUCGAUACCUAAACAACAGCACAAUAUCGAGAAUAUCGUCAACGGAAAUAAAUUUUCGUGGUGGCAAGCCGAAAACGGAGUGGAGUAUGUCACGAUACGCUUCGAUCCUGAGGCAGAGUUUCAUUUCACGCACAUCAUCAUUCGCUUCCAAACCUUCCGACCAGCUGCCAUGCUGAUUGAACGAUCGUACGAUUUUGGACAGACCUGGAAGGUGUACCGGUACUUCGCUGACAAUUGCGAGCAUUCCUUCCCCGGAAUUUCGACCCAUCAACCAGAAAGAUUAACGGACGUCAUCUGUGAGGAGAGAUACUCGGCUGUGGCACCGUCCACUGGCGGUGACGUAAUUUUCAGGGUGUUGCCGCGAAAUUUGGAAAUCGAUAAUCCCUAUUCGAAAGAAGUGCAGAAUCUGUUAAAGAUCACCAAUCUCAGGAUCAACAUGACGAGACUCCACACUCUGGGCGACGAUCUGCUCGACGAUCGGCCCGAGAUUCGCGAGAAAUACUAUUACGCCAUCCAGGAUAUGGUGAUUCGCGGUUCGUGCUCCUGUUACGGGCACGCCUCCAGAUGCUUACCGUUGCCAGGCGUCAUCGAUGAAGAAAAUAUGGUCCACGGCAGAUGCGAGUGUACGCACAACACCAAGGGCCUCAACUGCGAGAAGUGCGAGGACUUCUAUAACGAUCUGCCGUGGAAGCCCGCGGUCGGCAAACAGACGAACGCUUGUAGACCUUGCAAUUGCAACAAUCAUACCAAUUCCUGCCACUUCGACGAAACGGUCUACGAGAGAUCGGGCAGAGUGUCCGGCGGAGUCUGCGACGAUUGCCAGCACAAUACGCGGGGGCAGAAUUGCGAACAGUGCAAGCCAUUCUAUUAUCACGACGUGACGAAGGAUAUGUCUGACCCAGAAGCUUGUCAACCCUGUGACUGCGACUUAAGCGGAUCCUUGGAUGACGGUAUAUGCGACUCGAGAACCGAUCUUCUAAGUGGCGACGAGUCUGGACGCUGUCAUUGCAAAGCGAACAUUGACGGGCGCCGUUGCGACCGCUGCAAAAACGGCUUUUGGAACUUUGAUCCCGAUAAUCCCGAGGGAUGUCAAGCCUGCACCUGUAACACCUUGGGUACCGUUAACAAUCAGGGUUGCAACGUGCUGACCGGUGAGUGCACGUGCAAACGGUAUGUCACAGCGCGCGACUGCAAUCAGUGCUUGCCGGAGUAUUGGGGACUCUCCGAGGAUCGCGAUGGAUGCAAACCAUGCGACUGCGAUCCCGGCGGAGCCUACGAGAAUUCCUGCGACGUCAUCACCGGUCAAUGCAGAUGCAGACCGCAUGUCAGCGGGAGAACUUGCAAUCAGCCGGAGCAGAGUUACUACACCGGUUCGCUAGACUUUCUCGUUUACGAAGGAGAAUUGUCUAGAGCCACCGAAAAUUCUCAAGUGGUGAUCAGAGAGCUUUAUCGCGACGGUAGGAACAGCACGUGGACUGGCACGGGUUUCAUGAAGGCCAUCGAGGGUUCGGUAUUGAAUUUCACCAUCGACGACAUUCGCAGAUCGAUGUGGUACGACGUGGUUGUACGGUAUGAACCGGUACAUCUCGGCACCUGGGACGACGUGCAGAUUAUUCUCGAGAGAGACAGUCCACCCGAUCCUAAUGGACCGUGUGCCGAUUGGAGACCCGAAUACGAUCGCCUCUGGCUUCAAUUACCUCUGCCCUCAAGAAGCGCCGUGGCGCAACCGUCUAUAUGUCUGGAGGCGGGAAAACGUUACAAUCUUCUGCUGCAAUUCCGCAAGUUCAACAGCCAUACAGGGAACACGCCAUUGGCUUCCAUCCUAGUCGACUCGAUUGUUCUGAAACCAAGGAUAGACGCGAUACCCUUCUUCAAGACGCCGGGUCUUGGUGAACUGCGCCGCCAAGAAUACGAAGGUUACCGCUGUAAUGAACUAUACAAUGAUGUCAACAGCGUGUGGAAUAACGUGCCCGACGUCUGCAGAAAGUAUCAGAAUAGCAUCGGCUAUUACGUUUUUGAUGGCGCUCAUUCUUGCGAAUGUAACCCAACGGGCUCGCGCAGUCUUCUGUGCAAGAACUACGGCGGAAUGUGCCCGUGUAAACCGAACGUGGUCGGCAGACGUUGCGACCGUUGCGCGCCGGGCACCUACGGAUUCGGUCCAGAGGGAUGUAUCCCCUGCGACUGCGAUGGGGUCGGUGCACUCGACAAUUUCUGCGACGUCGAGACCGGACGUUGCAAGUGUCGCCCCAAUACCUACGGCAGGACCUGCGGUCAGUGUGAGCCUGGCUUCUGGAACUUCCCCCAUUGCGAACGCUGCGAGUGCAACGGACACGCGGAGAACUGCGACUCGAAGACCGGAGUCUGCAUCAAUUGUCGAGAUUUCUCCACCGGGCCCAAAUGCGACCGUUGCCUCGAUGAUUUCUAUGGCGAACCCCGGAUUAGGAAUAAGGCUGAAGGCGAUAAGGCUGAAGUGUAUAUUCCUUGCAGGGCGUGUCCUUGUCCAGGCACACGUGAAUCCGGUCACUCCUACGCCGACGGUUGUUCAUUAGACUCAAUAACGAAGGACGUAGUGUGCGAGUGUUUCGAGGGAUACUCCGGACCCCGUUGCGAGCAUUGCGCCGAGAAUUAUUUUGGCAAUCCGGAGGUGCCAGGCGGCAACUGUCAAUUUUGCAACUGCAACAACAAUACGGACUUACGUCGCGCCGGUAACUGCGAUCCGUACACCGGCCAUUGUCUCCAAUGUCUGUUUAACACCGACGGUCCAACUUGCGAGGUGUGCAAAGCGGGAUUCUACGGGGACGCUCUGCGGCAGGAUUGUCAAGAUUGUAGAUGCAACGUCCUAGGCACCGACAAGCUCGCGGGACCGUGCGACCAUCGUACCGGACAAUGUCCGUGUCUGCCGCAUGUCAUAGGACAGCUUUGCGACUCCUGCGAGGUGAAUCAUUGGAGGAUAGCCAGCGGAGAAGGCUGCGACCCUUGCGAGUGCGACGUAGUUGGAAGUAUUUCAGACAGGUGCAAUCCCUACGACGGCACUUGCGAAUGCAGACCAGAGUUCGGAGGCAGGCGGUGCAACGAGUGCCAGACAAACUUCUGGGGCAACCCGAACGUACAGUGUUAUCCGUGCGAAUGUGACCUGAUCGGUUCCGCAAGCCAGCAAUGCAACAGGGAGACUGGGGUAUGCGUUUGCCACAAAGGUAUCGGCGGCGAGAAGUGCGACCAGUGCGACCGCGGUUACCACGGCGAGGCUCCGCAGUGUAGCCCGUGCGGCGAGUGCUUCGACAAUUGGGAUCUGAUACUGGACGGUCUCAGGAACAAGUCGAACGCGGUCAUUGAUGAGGCGUCGAGGAUACAGAAGGUCGGCACGACCGGCGUGUACAGCCAGGAAUUCGACGAUAUGGAGGAGUCCCUGAACGAAGUGCGAGACCUCAUCAGCAACACCACCAUCCAGAGUCAAGAUCUGGACGCGUUAGACGACUUGGCCGACGAGUUGGAGAAGAAUAUCUCCGAGUCGGCCAAGCAGUUGGAGGAAGCGAACAAUCACUUGGAGAAUCUCAAUCAGCGAGUUAGUCUCGGCGACGGCGCGUUGAAGAAUUUGAGGGAGAGGACGAACAGCCUGAAGAAGGCCGCCGAUGAUUUGCGGGGUAAUGCCACCAAGUUGCAGGAGGAGAAUGUUCUGGGCGCUCUGAACGUGACCCAGCAGAUGGCCGAGCAGUCCAGACAGGCCGAGAAAAUGGCAAACGAUACUACGAACAUCCUGACCGAUGCGGAACGAUUCCGCAAGCAUACCGAGAACCUCCUGACGAAGAAUCGCGACUCCGUGAACGAGGCCCAAGAGAGAAACAAGGAGUCACUGACGAAGCUGAAUGAGAAACUGAAGACGUUCGGUAUGGCGAUACCCGAACUGAAUCUGCGGAUGUGCGGCGACAAUGUAACGGAUUGUAGUACCGUCUGCGGUGGUGCAGGCUGCGGCUUCUGCGGAGCAUUAUCUUGCGACGUGGGCGCGGUCAGCAAAGCCAAUCAAGCUCUAGAUGUUGCCAAGCAGCAAGCUGCCAAGAUCAAGAGCCAUAAGGACGAGGCUGAGCAACUAUUACGCAAUAUGAGUCAAACCAAGCAAGACGCGACAGCGGCGAGAUCGAACGCUCAAGAUGCCUUCAACUACGCAUGGGAGGCGCGCAAUCGCUCCGACAAAAUUACCAAGGACCUCUCAGACAUAACCAAUCGAAUCUGGAACACUCUGAAUGAUGAGGACCAACCUACACCAGCUAUGGUGAGAGAUCUCGCAAACCAAGUGCUUGCGAAGAAUAUCCAACUGGAGCCGGAUGAAAUCACGCGAUUGGCCGAUCGUAUCAAGAGCAUCGUGGGCUCUCUCACCGACUCCGAAAAAAUUCUAUCCGACACCAAGGACGAUCUACGAUUGGCGCACGAUCUUGAGGAACGCGCCAAUAGCUCCAAAAAGCUGGCCAUCGAGAUGCAAACCUUGGCGAACAAAGUGGUCCAGCAGUUGAACGACGCGCAGAACGCGCAACACCUGGCGCGGGACGCGAUCGACAAGGCGGAAGCUGACGUUGCCAAAUCGCAGGAGGAUCUCGCGGACAUUUCCGACGUGACGAAGGCCGCCCAGAUCCAGGCUAACAGCACCACGCAAACGGUGGAGGCACUGGACGCCCGUUUGAAGCAGCUUCAGACGCAAUCUGCGAAGAACGGCUUCAUCCUGACGGAAAUCGGCACGGAGACAAAGAAGGUCGCCGACGAGGCGCAGUUAAUCGAUGGCAAGACGAAGAAACUGUCGGAGGAGUACAAGAGGGCGGACGAGUCACUGAAUCAGCGGGUCAACAAGAGCAAGGGCGACAUUCAGCGGGCGAAGAGACUCCUGCAGCGUGCCUCCGAGCUGACGGCGGAUACGUCAACCAAGUCUAAGGAUCUGGACGGCAUGGAGAGCGUUUAUAAAGACAACGAGCGACUGUUAACGGAUCUGAUGAGCGACGUGGACGCGCUGACGAUGGAGAUGGAAAAACAUCUGGCGGAGAUCGAGAAGAAGUCGCAGUUGUACAGACAGUGUACAACUUAAAAUUCAUCGCAAUCAGUUAGGGAGUCACUUUUAUCUUCCGAUCGAAUUUCGUCCGCAAAGUACGAUAACCAGUGGAUCUUCUUUUUCUUAUUACAUUUGGAACAGAUAUCUGUCCGCGCGGUAGAAUCUCUCUAUAGACAAGAUCCCUUUCCAGUGUACAUCUCACUACUACAUUUUACCGCGAGAUAUGUUAGAUCUUAAUAAAAGUCGGUGCUUUAUACUUGUGCAAUAGCCGUGAGUUUUACCUUGAUGAGGAUAUGCGUAUUUACAUAUUGCAUUUACAAAUAUACAUUUGGCAUUCGCAACUUAUUCUGGAUAAUAUUGCGAAAAGCGAUGAGAUUAUUAUUAGUGCCAUAAAUGGAGGGGCCAUUAGUAGUUGUAAAGAAAAUGAUUUUGUACGUCGGUUAUUAUAAAAACAUCGCUCCGAGCACGAUCUUCAAGAUUCUAUCUUCUCUAGCUUUUGGCUUCGCUAAAUUUUCUCUUAUUCAUUUUUGCAAUUUUUAAUAUUUUUCUAUUUUUCGUAGCGCAAUUUUCUACUUUUAUAUAAUAAGAAUAUUUUACACGUUCUAUCUGUUGACACAUACAUACGCCAUUUUAUUUACACAUAGUACUUAAAGAAACACCGUAGCGAAGUAUUAAGCUCGUGUUCCAUAGACGAUACACUUAAAAAUAAUUAAAAAGUAAUGUAAAUAAUUAAAAUAAAUGUAAUACAAGAUUAAGAUAUUAAAAUAGAUAUUCUGCUAUCGAAUACGAGAAACGUUCGAUAUAUCGCCGAGACACGCACAUUUUAUCUACAAACGGACGAAAGACUUAAAGUGGCCUUGUCGAUCAUUACGGUGCCUGUAAAUAAUUACAGUUUGCGCAUCUGUAAAUAUUUAAUGUUACAUACUUAUAAAUCCAAUCUACGAUUCAACGGUUCUAUAUCUUUUUUAUCUUUUUACACUUUUACAUCUUUUUUUUACAGUUACAAUCUUGAUUUUUUCGUGAUAAAAGAAUGGCGGAAUUCCACGCGAGAAAUAUAAUAGAGAGGCCGACGAAAUUCGUAUAAUUAUCCUGGCGAUGUAAAAGAGAAAGGAACAAGAUUCCGUUAUUUAUAUCAUCAUUGCACGCGAUCGAUCCUCAUACACGUUACAUCGGAUAUCGUCGAGAGUUUCGUUUAAAAGUGGGCGAACGACGCUAUGAUCAAGCCAAAAAGAAUUCAAUAUUUAACGUCAUAUUAUAUAUAAGCAAUAUUACGAUACUGUAAUGUAAGAGAGAAAUAAAUAAGUUGCUAAAAAGAA